AUGGGAUCUUCAGGCAACCUUCCUGGGCGCGACGCCCUUAUCUCACGCGUCGUGCCUUCCAUGCUUUUCAGCAACGGCAGUGCCUCUUCCAUGACACCAGCCCCCGCCUCGAUUAUUGAGUCCGAUGCUACUAUCGGAGCCCAGAAACGAUUCACCGUUAAAGGAAAUGCUGUCGUCACUGGAGGCGCUGGAACACUUGGCCUUCACUCUUGCGAUGCUCUCCUAGAGCACGGCCUUCGAGGACUCAUGAUCUUGGAUAUCAAUCCGGACAACUCCAAAAAAGAGAUUGCGCAGAUGCAAACCAAAUUCCCUACCGCUAAGGUACUCGCACAAAAGGUCGAUGUCACAGACGAGGACGCCGUCCAAAAGGCAAUGGAGGAGACGGUUCGAGCGCUUGGUUCAAUCGACAUCCUUGUCACUUUUGUCGGAGUAGUCGGUUGCGUGGAAACACUCGAGAUGCCCGUUUCUCAAUGGAGAAAGGUUCUGGACAUCAACACGACCGGUUCAUUUAUCUGUGCCCAAGCCGCGGCCCGACAAAUGAUGAAGCAAAGAACUGAAGGCUCAAUCACCUUUGUCGCGUCGAUUUCGGCACACCGUGUCAACUACCCGCAGCCACAGGUGGCAUACAAUGUUAGCAAAUCUGGCCUCCUUAUGCUCAAAAGCUGCUUGGCUGCCGAAUGGGCUCGCUACGGUAUUCGCACCAAUAGUGUAAGCCCUGGAUACAUGGAUACAAUUCUCAACGAAGGCGAUGGAAUUGCCACGCAUCGCAAGAUAUGGGCUGAGCGGAACCCCACUGGUAGAAUGGGUAGCCCGUCGGAACUGACGGGAGCAGUCGUGCUACUAGCAAGUACGGCAGGUACCUAUAUAAAUGGUUCGGAUAUUGUGGUUGAUGGCGGUGCAAUUGUGUUCUAG